CAUCACCCGCUGUUCCGGAGAAGGGCCGGGGUUCUCUCUGCUCCAAGAACGCUGAACCUCUGUUUGCAAGAAGCUACUUUGCGCCUGUGUUUCUGACCGUGGGCAAGCCCCGAACGAUGGUCACAAUCAAAACGAUGUCUGACUACUACGAUGUGUUUGAUACCCUGGGGAAGGGCACGUUUGGGGAAGUGGUGAAGAGCUGGAGACGGAGCACCGGGGAGAUGGUGGCCAUCAAGAUCCUGAAGAACGACUCCUACCGCAGCAGAAUCAUCAAGAACGAGCUGAAGCUGCUGCAGACCAUGGUCGAGGUGGACGCGGAAGAGUCCCACAUCAUCCAGUUCCACGAGUGCUUCCACGAUGAGCUCAAGUUCUACCUCGUCUUUGAGCUCCUGGAGCAGAACCUCUUUGACUUCCAGAAAGAAAACAACUUUGCCCCUUUGCCAGUCCGGCACAUCCGCACAGUGACCAUGCAGGUGCUGAGGGCCCUGGCCAAGCUGAAAGAGCUCUCCAUCAUCCACGCAGACCUGAAGCCCGAGAACAUCAUGCUGGUGGACCACGUGAGGUACCCCUUCUACGUCAAGGUGAUCGACUUUGGCUCAGCCAGCAUCUUCAACGAGGUGCGCUACGUCAAAGAGCCAUAUAUCCAGUCCCGGUUCUAUCGGGCCCCAGAGAUAUUGCUGGGCUUGCCGUUCUGUGAGAAAGUAGACGUCUGGUCCCUGGGGUGCAUCAUGGCUGAGCUCCACCUCGGGUGGCCCCUGUACCCCGGGAACAACGAAUACGACCAGGUCCGGUACAUCAGCGAGACUCAAGGGAUGCCGCGGCCCACCCUCCUCAACGCAGCCAGGAAGGCCCACCUUUUCUUCAACAGGGGCCAGCAUCAGGAGGGGGCCAACGCCUGGCAGCUGAAGACGCCAGCCGAGUACCUGGCGGACACCAAGGUGAAGUCUGUGGAGAGGAGGAAGUACGUGCUGAAGUCUCUGGAUGAGCUGGAGACGCUGAACGCCCACAAGAUGAUCUACCCGGACCCCGAGGCCUCGGCUGAAUACUUUGACCUCCGCAGCAUGGUGGAGCUCAUCAAGAGGAUGCUGACCUGGGACUCUCACGAGCGCAUCACCCCCAGUGCGGCUCUGAAGCACCCCUACAUCACCACCCAGCCGCUCGAGCGGAACUACGACCUCACCCAGUACUACCAGCUGUGCCUGCGGAGCCUGGAGCAGUCCUUGCCCAACCACAGCAAGCUGGAGGCAGACAAGGGCUUGCAGCCCUACGGCGCCCUGGAAGAGGAGCGCUUCUACGCCACCCGGGACCUGGCCGAGGCAGGGCGGGAUCUGGCCCUCGCCGCGUGGGAAGGAGAAGGAGCCAGCAAGGGGCUUCACAAGCCCCUCUCUGGACCCCCCGAGGCAGCCUCCAGCCGGCGCAAAGCCCCUGCCCACCAGAACUUCCGCCUGCACCACGAGCAGGAGCCCAUCCCGGCCUACUACAGAAACCGGCACAGCAGCCCCAAGCACCGGAAGGCCGCCCAUCACACCCAAUCCGACCACAGCUACGACCACCUGAUUCUGCUGGGGAAGGCCUCCCCCCAGGACAUGGAGAAGAAGCGGACGCCCCCGGAGGUCUACGAGCCGUCCGGAGGCCCGUCGGUGCCCGGGCACAAGAGCUGGCAGCAGGCCCCCGAGGAGUGGCUGGCGGAGGGCGGGGUGGAGAGGAGCGCCCUGGCGCGGGCCCGCCCGCCGCUCCAGCCCUUCCCGCAGCAGCGCAUCGCCAGCCAGCAGUGA